GCUGUGGAACUAGCAGUUCCGGGAAAUAAUGAGGCCGUGGCUUGCGCAGGAAGGAACGUUAGCGAUAGCUACUCAAGUCCGCCGGGAGUUUCUGCACUCUAGUUCCAACCACUCGGCUUACACCACAAAGAGGAUGAAGUGCGCCCCACUUCUCGUUUGUCUCCUGUUCGCUGUCGGCGCCCACGCCGGUAACCUUUUGGACUCCAACCGCUACUUGGACCACCUACUUGCCAACACCCUCCCUCGAUUCGGUGGCCUCUCGGAGGGCGUCCUCAACGGCUUCAAGUUCAAGGUCAAGAAGACAGGCCUGACCAAUCGUGACCUGAAAGUGAAGUUCAGCAACGGCAAGGUUACAGGUCUUCUACCGCCCCGGGGUCUUAGGAGGCUGGGAGACUGUUCAGCUCCAACGUGGCAAGCGAACAACAUCACGGUCUCCUGCUACGUGACCUUAGACGGUCUCGCGGCUGUGUACAGCGGUACUUACAAAGGGGAUAACGUACUGGGUCAAGUGAAGGACCUCACCGUUCAAGGUGACCUGAGGGGUGCGAAGGCGUACCUCGAGGUUACAGCUAGCCCAGGAGCUCCACCAUCUCUGAAGUCAUGGAGUGUUCCGCCAUUCAAUCUUCAACUCACCCUGUCCAGAACGCCUGAUCUGAACAGCGAACGCAGGCAAUCGUUCGACAGGGAACUCGAAAGCAACGUCAAGCAAGCCCUGAAUUCAUUCCUUUACGGCCCAUUGCAGUACGCACUGGCAAACGCUGUUCGGGUCGACCCCUUGCCAAUGCCGUGAAGUUGUGACAUGACCACAACAGAUGUCCAAAUAAAAGCGUGAUACAGCCACCA